GUCAAAGCAACGUCUUUCAGCAGAUGAGAAGAAGAAAAGGUGAGAGAUAACAGCAUCCUGAGAGAUGCGAAUGUAUACUAAAUUCUAGAGGCUUCUCAAUUACUUUUAUGAGACUGUGGGCUCUUGUAUUUAUUGGAAUACAAUAUUAAAGCUUAUAUAGAGAGAUUUUUUCCAGGUUUGAGCGAUAGCUUAGCAAGACACGGAACUAAAAGUUGCAGCUUAAAGAAUUAGAGAAGAACGUACCGAAAGCGAAGGGAAUUAGUUAAGAUGCCAUAUCUUUAAUGUCCUUCUAUUUUAAAAGACCACAGUUAGUCAAAGUAUCAAGGAUAUACUGCAGGAUUUGUGUAGUGAUAAUUUGGUCUCGAUGGACAAGAUAGGCAUAUCAAACUACUAUUGGUCAUUCCCAAGUGACGCCACAAAGAAUGUCCAGAAUGAGAAUGCAGCACUCAAGACCAAAGUAGCAGCGCUUCAAAAAAACUUGAAGUCAGCAACCGUAGCUUUCGAAGAACUCCAAGCUAAUGGAUACGAAGACACAACUGAGCGUCAAGACUUGAUCGCUGAAUAUCUGAAGCUCAACUACUCAGUAAAAGAAAGGGAAGAAGAGCUGUAUACUGUAAGAAAGGGUGGUAGUGCGGCAUUAGAUCAGAAGAUGAAUUAUAUCAGAAUAUCUAAACUCGAAGUUGAAAAGUUAACAGAUGCCACUAUUUCAGCGAUUUCAAAAAUAUCUGAACGAUUUGAUCUAUCUCAAUUUAAUUUACGUCAACAAUUUGAUAUACCAAGUGAUUAUGAAGAUGAUUUGUGAGAAAUGCAUUAGUUUUUGUUCAAUGGAGCGUCUUUAUAAGCAGCCUUGUUGACUGUUUCACCAGGUUCACCACCUUCUGUGGCGCGAGGGUGUUGAGGAUCGACUGGCUGACCAGCGCCUCCCUGAGAAGUUAGUUAAUUACGAAAGAAGAUAUAUUAUAUUACUCACUGCACUUGCUUCCAUACCAGCACCGCCACCAGAUGUUAUAAUCCUUGGUCUCUCAACAACUAAACGUUCGCCUUCAAACAUUCUAUUUACAGCAGCAGCUCUGCUGACUAUAUCAAGUUGAUCACGUUGCUCUUUGUAGAAAGCAUUCAAAUUUGCUGGAUUGCUUGCUUUACUGUCGCUGCUUGGUUGACCAACUGGAUGAACGCCCAAAAAUUCCCUAAAGGCUAAUCUAUUUCUACGAAGGAAGUAAUGUCUGAAGUUGUAGCUACUAAACUUAGUAGCAGAUCUUUGUAAAGCUCUAUAGAGCGCUAAUAAAUGAUGUCUAUU